CUCGAAUAAGGGGAAGGGGACAAGAUGUGUUCUUGUGGCGGCAGCGGCAUCGGCAUUGGCAUCCUCAUUAGGUUUCGUUUAGAGCGGCCAUAAAAUCAUUCGCCGCCUUCCGGUGAUAAGAUGAGAUUUUUUCAGGACCAGCCCUGAAGAUGAUGACAACUGCAUGCGAAAGCCGGAAGAAGCAAACCCGAGAAGAAGACGCUCCAGAAGGAAUCCACAAUUUGACAGAUGAUUUGCUGACGGAAAUACUCCUGAGAUUAAGCAGAAGGCAAGCUCUUCAGUACCGACUGGUUUGCAAGGGCUGGUAUUCAAUCAUCUCUUCUCCGCGCUUCACCCGCCUUAGCAAUCUAAGGCUUGGAUUUCCGAUCAACUUGGUCUUCCAAACCCCUGGUAAUUUGCCGAUUCCUAAAACAUCCGCACUCCGCUCAAUCUUAUUGCGCAGCGCCUACCGCGUGAAUCGUGAAUUCGGAUUUGACUUUCUCCCUGAUCCGAAUGUUCGAUUGGUAGGUUCAUCUGCGAAUUUCAUGCUCUGUGCUCGCAGGAUUCCUGGUGGCUGGUGCCCAUUAUUAUGUCUGCAAUCCUGUAAAGGAACAAUGGAUUUCUCUCCCUCCUGCUCCACCCGUCCCACGGUGUGUUUUCUGUGCCGCAGGCCUUCUGAAUGCAGAAGCAAUCAAGCAGCAGAAGGCGUCAAGGGUUCUUCUCACACCAAGUUCAUGGUGCUGAGGUUCCUCACCCCCAAGUCUAAUCAUUCCGGCUCAACUCAUUUUAAAGCCUUGGUCCUUUCCUCAGAGGAUCUGGAAUGGAGGGCAUUGGAUGUUUCAAGACCUCCCACAGUGAGAUACUACUCUUGCAAGACCCCUCUUGUUGCAUAUCGAGGCGCUCUGCAUAAGCUAUACAAUGAAAUCAUAAUGGUGUAUGAUCCCUUUAACAGUCCUCACGCGAUCUCUCGCAUCAUCCAUCUGCCUUUCCUCCUCCCUCACGGCUUCAGCAUUGGUUUAACUUGUUGCUUUGGAGUGUUCAGGGGGCGUCUGCGUAUAGCUAGAGUUUGUUCCGAGAGCCAUGGCGUUUCAGGAGUAGAUCCCGCUAUCGAAAUUUGGGAACUCGGGGACUAUAACUCAGGGCUAUGGAAUUUGGUUCAAAAGGUUCACCUUAAAGGGCUGUCUGUUGGAACUUUCCCUCUUGUAAAAGGAAAUAAGGUCAAGCCUUGGUUGAGAGUAUUGUAUUUUCAUCCCUUAAUGGAUCAUGUGCUUUAUUUGGGGAUGCAAACAAGAGGGCUAGAAACUCAUGUCAUCCACUUUGACAUUAAAACCAGAAAGCUGCGGCGCCUAAUGAAGAAUAUAUGUAGCAUUCUGCCUUCACUCCGGUGGACUAAAAUCUUUCGCUAUUCUUCGUAGCAAGCUCUUUUUCUUUUUUAUUAUAACUAGGGUAGAAAGAAUAUAAGUUAUUUAGGGGUGUUUGGAUCUGAUUCUUAAAACUGCUUCUGCUUCUUCAAGGACUAGAAUCAGAAGCUGGAAUGUUUGGGUGAAAGUGCAGAAGUGAUUCUAGUGCUCUAAUUUACUCCCAGAAUCAGUUUUUUUAGAAGCUGGGGGAGACCAGCUUCUGAAAACUGAUUCUGCUUCUGCUUUAAAAAAGAAGUAGAAGCAGAAUCAGUUCCAAACACCCCUUAUAUAGCUAUACUUCAUACGAAGUACUAUAUAAAAUAGCUAUUGAAUUGUUUUUUUAAAUCUCCCUCACUAUUUUUCAUACUUUUUCGACACUAUCAUUACCUCUAUUUAUUUUGAAUAUGACUUAUGAAACAGAUGUUCUGAAACAUCAUUGGGGAUUCUGGGUUCUUUUGAUUUGUAAUGGAAUACAAAUGAAGUGUAGAAAAUAUU